CGACUGGCUGACUUGCCCUGCCGCACGCAGCUCCCACUCCGCUCCACCGCCCGCCUGCCCGUCCCUAUUUUCCCCAAAACCCCACGCCACCACCGCCGUCAACCCAAAGCACCAGCGGUCUCCCCGCCCCCGCCCUCGCUCCCAUCCCAUUCUCCCAUACACAGCCGCCACGAGUCCACUUCCGCCGCACCAACCAAACGCAGUCAACAGGCCGGCGCCGUCAGCCGGAGCUGGUGCUUUUCUUGGUCCAAAGGCGGGCGGGCGGCGGCGGCACAUGGCGGGGCGCGGGGCCGUGCGGAGCUGCGUGCAGACGGCGCUCAAGGCGGCCAACUCCCUCGUCGGCCUCGCCGGCAUGGCCGUCAUCCUCUACGCGCUCUGGAUGCUCCGGGCCUGGUCCGCGCAGGCCGCUCACCUCCACCGACACCUCCCCGUCCCCUGGUUCAUCUACACUCUUCUUGGCCUCGGAGUCGUCAUGUGCUCGCUCACUUGCUCUGGCCAUAUUGCUGCGGAAACUGCCAACGGUGCAUGCCUGUCCUGCCACAUGAUCUUCGUAUUUCUGCUUGUUAUACUGGAAGGUGCGACCACCGCGGAUGUAUUUCUGAAUAGCAACUGGGAGGAGGAUUUCCCAGAGGAUCCAUCUGGGAAUUUUGCCGAGUUCAAAGAGUUUGUCAGAUCAAAUUUUCAGAUAUGUGAAUGGGUAGGCCUCUCGGUGGUGGGUGCUCAGGCACUAUCAAUCAUUCUUGCAAUGGUACUCAGGGCCCUUGGUCCUGAACGCGAAAUUGACUACGACAGCGAUGAUGAUGCAGUGCCUGCAAGGUUGCCUCUCCUAAGAAACCAGGCCCAGCAUGGUUCAAGCUAUGUCGAAACUAACUUACCUCGCAGGAGUGAUUCAUGGACUCUGCGAAUCUUAGAUAAGGCUAACAAAUAAGGAUUUCUAACACUACAUGGCUAACCCUUUGGAAAUAGCAUGAGCAUGUCCCUAAGGGUUGCAGGCGACCUGAAGCAUGAUACUUCUUCUCUGAAGUAGUGAGGAUUCAUAUGAUGACACGGUACCUAACGGCUAGGCUAGUUUUAUGGUCUUUCAACAUGCGCAAGUAUUUGAGUAGCAUGUAACUAAUCUUACAGCCCCUUGAUGUAUGGGAAGAAUACUGUAAAAACGUUUCACUGAGAGAUGAUGGCUUGAUGCCUCGUGUUACCGGAGACAAAAAGGGAAUAACCUGAUUGUUCAGUGUCAA